GUCAAUGUGCAAAGGAAGAAGCUAGAAAAAUGAAACAAUAUUUGUGAAUGGAGUGGCCUUUACCGAAAGCUUUGCUGUGGGGUUUACUUGUAUUUGUUCAAAUUCAUGGGCACACAGCUGGCUGUCUCCAGGAAGAGAGGAUUGCUCUGCUGGAAUUGAAGGCGUCUCUGGAAUCCAAUAUUAUUCAUGCUGAUGCAGAUGAUCACCGCCUUCUUCCAUCAUGGAUUAACGACGCAAAGAGUGAUUGUUGUGGUUGGGAGAGGGUCAAGUGCAACUCCACCACCGCUCACGUGAUCAAGCUUUCCCUCUACAACUUAAAGGAAGAAGAUUCUUAUAACAAUCGUUGGUUGCUAAACGUGUCCCUGUUUGUUCCUUUGAAGGAGCUAACAACUCUUGAUCUAUCCCGCAAUGCAAUUCGUGGUUGCCUACCAAACGAAGGUUUUGAAAGCUUAUCAAGAUUGGAGAACUUGGAGACCUUAGAUCUUAGCCAUAACAAUUUCAACAAAAGCAUCAUAGAAUUAUUAAGUGCAGUCAAAUCUCUUAAGAAUCUGAAUCUUGCUUCGAAUCGGAUCGAAGGAUCAUUUCCUGCCAAAGGUUUGUCUAAUUUUAGUAGGUUGGAGAUUUUAGAUCUGAAUGGAAAUUCUUUCACUGGAAGUAUCUCUCCAUAUAUCGGGGCACUAUCUUCUCUAAAGGCUAUAUCAUUAGGUCACAAUGAUCUUAAUGGCACUUUACCUAAAGAAUUGUGCAAAUUGAAUAAGCUUGAAGAGUUAGAACUUUAUGGUAAUUUAUUUGAAGGGAUCCUUCCACCAUGCCUAAACAAUAUGACGUCUCUUAGGUUGUUAGAUAUAUGUGAGAACCAAUUCGCUGGAAACAUCUCUUCAAAUCUUAUAGCCAUCCCAACAUCACUUGAGUACAUUGAUCUGAGUUACAAUCUUUUUGAGGGCCUAUUGUCAUUUAGCUUAUUUGCUAAUCACUCUAAGCUUGAGGUGAUUAUGUUGGUGAAUAAUAACAGUAAGCUUGAGAUAGAAACCGAAAAUUCAUCGGGUUGGGACGACCUCUCAUUUCAAUCGUUAAAGUUCAUUGUACUACGUAAUUGUAAUUUGAACAAGCUCACUGGAAAUGUUCCCAAGUUUCUAUUUGGCCAGCGCGAAUUGGAAAUAGUUGAUUUGUCUCACAAUAAGUUGAAAGGAAGCUUCCCUAAUUGGUUGCUUGAAAACAACACCAGAUUGCAAGAGCUAAAUCUUCAAAAUAAUUCUUUCGUGGGUCAAAUUCAUUUGCCACCAAAUUGCUACAAGAGUAUUUCGUUUAUGGAUGUCUCUGACAAUUGCUUAGAUGGUCAACUUCAAGAAAAUAUUGGAAAGAUAACUCCAUAUUUAAAAUAUCUAAAUCUUUCCCAAAAUCUUAUUGAAGGUUAUCUUCCGUCCUCAAUUGGUGACAUGAGAUAUUUGGAGUCUUUGGACUUGUCCUUUAAUAAUUUCUCGGGAGAGUUACCAACGGAAUUAUUUGCGACUUGCACCUCCUUGAAUCAUUUGAAGUUAUCCAAUAAUCAGUUCACAGGAACAAUUCCUGGAUGGAUAGGAAACAUGACACGUUUGUUGACUUUUGUCUUGAGUAACAACUUUUUUGAAGGUCAGAUUCCUUGUGGACUGGAUUCAGUUCAAUAUGUAGACCUUUCUCAUAACUCACUUUCGGGAUCGUUACCUUCUUGCUUGAAUCUACAGUUUGUUGAGUACCUACAUUUGCAAGGAAACAAACUUACAGGUCCAAUACCAAAAGCUGUUUUCAAUUCAUCGUCUCUUUCGACACUAGACCUUAGAGAUAACAGCUUUUUUGGUAGCAUCCCUGAUGAAAUCGGUGCACUUUAUAACUUAAGAAUACUUUUGUUGAGGGGCAACUAUUUCAGUGGUAUAAUUCCAAAUCAGUUGUGUUGGUUAAAUAAGAUAAGCCUAAUGGAUCUUUCCAAGAACUCUCUUUCUGGGACAAUACCGCACUGCUUUCACAACAUGUCCUUUGGAAAUAUAGAUGAUCUUGUCUAUUAUAGAUAUCCUUCUAUGACCUGGUUCAUUGGAUUAGGUUCCACAUUCCAAAGGCUCCAAGAAUGGAAUUGGGAAAGAGAUAACAUGGAGAUGUGGAUAGAAUAUGAUGAUCAUGUUGAGGUUGAGUUUGUAACAAAACACAGGUCUAACUCCUACAGUGGUUAUAUCCUUAAUUAUAUGGCUGGAUUGGAUUUGUCAUGCAACAAGCUAACAGGUACAAUCCCAUCAGAACUAGGAGAGCUAUCUUCAAUUCAUGCAUUGAACUUGUCUAACAAUCAGUUGACAGGUUCCAUUCCACAAAAAAUCUCAAAUUUGGACAAGUUGGAGAGUUUAGACUUUUCUCACAACAAUUUGAGUGGAGAAAUUCCUUCGGUAUUGAUUGAUAUGAACUUUCUAGCAGUGUUUACUGUGGCUUACAACAACUUAUCAGGUAAAGUUCCAGACAUGAAAGCACAGUUUGCAACAUUUGAUAAAAGUAGUUAUGAAGGAAAUCCAUUUCUUUGUGGGCAACCACUAGAGAAUAGCUGCACCAGAGUAGACGAGUCACAUCCAUCACCAACAAAAUCUUCAAAUGCAAGUGAAGGGAAAUGGUAUGAAAUAGAUCCUCUGGUCUUCUUCGCAAGCUUUACCGCAUCUUAUAUUGUUUUCUUAUUGAGUGUAGCUAUUCUUCUUCAUAUUCAUCCUUAUUGGCAACAACGGUGCUUCAAUUUAAUUGAGAAUUUUAAGUACCAGUGUUAUUAUCCUGUUUUUAAUAGCUUAAAAAGAUUGUCAAACCGUCUAUAUCCUUAGAUAUAUUCCGUUUCCAUGGACAUCUUUGGUGGUAGUGAUGACAGCUAGCUGUACAUUUGAUUUUGAAUAAUGGUUAAUUGUUGUAAUCUAAUAUGAGACAAGUUGUUCACUUUCACUUGCUUUCUUCUGUAUUGUAAUUCUUGUCAUUUGAUGAUGUAGAUUAUUCAUGUAGUUAGAAAUAUUAUUAAUAGUAUGAAUUAAUAAACUUAGUUUCUCCAUACACAAGAUUUUUGAAUACUUUUUCAAUAGGGAAACGAUUCAUUAUAUGAUAUAUCCCUGGAAGAAGGAAGAGAUUGAAGGGAUGAGUACUCACUAGUCAAAACAACAAAGAAGUAGAUUAGACAUCUUUCACUUACAAAUACAUACUCUCAAGCAUGCACCAAGAUUAAGAGACCGCAAAUAUUGUUUAAUAUAAAAUUAGGU